AUCAGAAAGCGGUUGCAUAUUUCUGAGAAUCGCAGAUUUAGCAUUGAAGCAACCUUCCAACCAUAAAGCUGCAUAUCCAUCACUCCACACAUUCCCAUCUCUUGCCCCAACAAGAAGAUUUGCUCCCUCGAAGUGGUCGAUUUGCAUAUCUCAUACUACGCGAUACACACAACCAAUGAACCCAUCUCUCGUCUAGCACAGACCCCAAGCCAGAUCCGUAUAUCAUGCUGCUUUGCCUCUACAUGUCCACCCUGGAAGCCACAGUCCACUCUGCUUCCCUCGCUAAAACAAAUCAUCUCCCGCUGACUCUGCACGUUGCGUCAGAUCUCUAACUCCUGUCAGCUCUGAAUACCCAUGCUACAUGUUUGUUUGACCUUGCAAAGUCGACUAGCUAGGAGUAGUGGGGGCACAUGAAGUUGAUCCGAAGGGGCAAGCGUUCAAGGGCGAAGAAGGGCUCGUUGGCUCCGCUGCAAUCUACCGGAGAUGUUGAUCGUGAAGGCGGGGGCGGCGGUGGCUCGAAUAGCAGACAAGUGGCGCCUGAGAGCGUCCUCCCGGCUGAAUCGACUACAACCACCGGAUAUGCUAGCAGCAGAGAUGAAGCUUUCUAUGAAGCGUCUCCUUGGUUAGACUCGGACUGUGAAGAUGAUUUCUUCAGUGUAAAUGGAGAUGGCACCCCUGCGAGAACAUUCAGUUCAACUGCAAGCAACCAGGCCACAGCUGCUGCAUUUGGACCGAAGCUGCCCACCCUGGAUGCGAUCCUCAAAUCCGAUCCCCUGAAGCCAACCACACAGAUGAAGAAGCUAGGUGACCUCCUUAAGGAGAAGCAAGAAAGCGCCGAUGACGCCGGCGACAUCUCCAGGGCUCGAGGCGGAGGCACUGCUGGGCGGUGCUGCAUCCCUCAGUUGUCGCGGGUCAUCAGCUACAGGGAGAGGAGGAAUUAAGGGGAGGUGACAACACAAGACUGGCUGGGUUGAGAUCAUGGAUCAGUUUUCUUUGGUUAAAUUCCUGUAGGCGUGUACGAUUUUCAAUUCAGAUUGCCUUAUGGAGCAGUCGCAGCAAAUAAUUUGCCAUCCAAAUGUAUAUACACAAGCGUGUCACAUACGUACAAGUGUAGCCAGUUCUAGGUGUGGGUUUCUCUACUACCAUAAUAUCUGUUGGUUGUUUAAGUUGCAAUCAAGUGCACUUUCUUUUUGAGAAAAAAAAUCAAGUGUACUUCUGCUAACAUUUCUGUCAAAUGACUUAUUCUGAUACUGCGAACUUAGAAGUG